GUGCUCCACUGUAUCGAGAACGUCUGCUCAUCACAGGCCGUAAGGCUGCCCUCACUGACACCGAUUUUCCUUAGUAACGCAGGGUACUCUUCGACACAUUGAACACGGACCUUCAAGACCGUAAUGUCCUCAUAGCAGCGAUCUAAAAGCCUUUGUUUGGGCUUGACGCGUGAGGGGCAAAACCUCAAAGAUGGGUAUCUCCGGACUUCUACCGCUGCUCAAAUCUAUCCACAAGCCAUGCAACCUCAAAAAGUUCGCCGGCCAGACCAUUGGCGUAGAUGCCUAUGGCUGGUUGCAUCGAGGGACGGCUGCCUGUGCCAUUGAUCUGGCUUUGGCGAAGCCGACUACCAAAUAUAUCGAUUUUUGCAUGAACCGCGUCCGCAUGCUUAUUCAUUUUGGCAUAACACCGUACCUCAUCUUCGAUGGAGAUAACCUCCCCAGCAAAGCCGGCACCGAGAAAGACCGCAGAGAGAGGAGAAAAGAGGGCAAGCGACUAGGCCUGGAGCUACUCAGGGUCGGCAAGACGUCACAAGCGCAACUGGAACUACAGAAGGCUGUCGAUGUCACACCAGAGAUGGCACGGGCAUUCAUCGAGGAGCUCAAGGCCAGCAACGUCCAGUAUAUUGUCGCACCGUACGAAGCAGACUCGCAGAUGGUGUACCUGGAACGCAAGGGCAUCAUUGAUGGUAUUCUGUCCGAAGACUCAGAUCUCCUAGUCUUUGGCGCGAAGUGCCUGAUCACAAAGCUCGACAAGUACGGAGACUGUGUCGAAGUCAACCGCAAUCACUUCACGGCCUGCAGAGAAAUCAGCCUAGUGGGCUGGUCAGACGCCGAUUUCAGACGGAUGGCCAUCCUAAGUGGGUGCGACUAUCUGCCUGGUAUCGGAGGACUAGGCUUGAAGACCGCUCACCGUAUGCUUCGAAAGCACAAGACCGUCGACCGUCUAGUCAAGGCUGCGCAAUUCGAUGGCAAGCUGAAGGUACCCAAUGGCUUCAUGGCGGACUUCGAUCAAGCGGAGAAGACGUUCUUGUACCAGUGGGUAUUCUGUCCGAUCGAGAACCAACUGGUCAACCUGACACCACUCCCGGAUGGUGUUGAUAUUGCCGAUAUGCCCUACCUGGGCGAAGAAGUGGCAGCGCACCUUGCAGCAGGGGUAGCGAAGGGCGACCUGUACCCGCGUACGAAGCUACCUAUGACGGUCGCAAGCAAGGUGUUUGGAGCAUCUCGACGGGCAUCGACACACGUACAGACGCCGGAUUUAAAGGGUACCAAGUCGAUCGACUCUUUCUUCAAGCCCAAGCGUACACCGUUGGCCGAGCUGGAUCCAAAUAUUUUCACACCUUCCCCAAGUCAGCAAGUCCUAUUGGAACAGCAAAGGAACAGCACGGGCUGGGCAGCAGUACCCGCGCCUGGGUCACAAUCAACAUCACGGCCAUCCGUUCCAAGCACGGCCCCUCAGCCUGCGAGACGAAUCAUAUCCGAUCCCACAGGGCGUAGACGAUCCGCUCCACAUCCAUCUAAAAGGCAACGGUUAUGCUCUGACUCCAUACUCACCACUCCUUCCGCAGGCGGAGAGGGCGUUGUACGAAGCCAGUUUUUUGCAUCGACUAUGCCUGAGCCAAGUCCUUCGAUUCGCCCAACUAAGAACAACAGACGAAAGACGGACUACGGCUUCGAGCUGUACUCCGACGACUCACUAGGGGAGGCUAUGGCAGAAGCGGCAGAUCUUGAAGAGACUGCCUCUCAGUCGAAGAAGAAGUUGAGGAUUUUCAGCGACACACAAAGCGACUCACAGUCAACUGCCACCACACGAACCCCCACAGGCGAGUCACAGGACUCUACCGGGAUAUUGACACCCGCCACUUCUUUUGGGAGUCCGGAACCGGAGAGCGUCUCCAGUGCUGCAAUCUCGUCGCAGAUGAAGGAGCUGCGGUCCAAGUUCACCUACAAGGGCCCCGAGUCAAGUUUCACAAGUUCGAUAAGCACAAUGACAAGCAAACUACGCAGACGCGAUACCGAGGCACGGACCCCCUCAGCUUUACCGCUUGAGCUCUUCUCCAUGACUGCACAAGAGACCAAGGUAGAGAGCAUCGUCCCUGGCACACCACCUCCUGUGGACGAACAGCCUGACAUCGAAAAUUCAGCAUGGGCAGCUAUAGACUCUGAAAUAGUCGUGCCUGCCUCAUCACCACCAGUCACACCAGCGAAAAGGCGGCGCUCCUCACUGAAAGGGAGCGAAGAUCUGAUUGUACACGACAGCGAUGGCGAAAGCGUCAGUUCGCCGCGCAAGCCCAUGUUUAACCUCAAUCGGUUCGCUUUCACCGGAUAGGUUUUCACCUUUUGACGGCAUGUUUUGAACAAACGCGAGCGUUACAUUGUUUGAUGGUUACGCCCUUCAUGAUUGGACGUUGGAGACUUGGAAGAUAUCAUUGUAUUGGCAUAGCAUAGCAUAGCGACGCGUAUUCUAGCUCAAU